UGUCUUCACCACUCGUUCUCAUGCACGACUUUAAGAUUCUGGAGGCCUAGAAUCCAUUGGGAUCUGAAGCCCGUGGACCCCAAAGUUGUGGCUGGAGGAGGGGAGCCAGCGGGGCCUGCAGCUCCAGGCUCUGCCCGAUGCCACUGCCCGUGGGAGCAGGAGCUGAGACCAGGCCAGAGAGAACCCUGGAGAUGAAGGGCCUCCUCACACUGGCUUGGUUCCUGGCUUGUAGUGUGCCUGCCGUCCCAGGGAGCUUGCUGGAGCUGAGAGUGAUGAUUGUAAAGGUGACGAGGAAGCCCGCCCUGAUGAGCUAUGGCUUCUACGGCUGUUACUGCGGCUGGGGAGGUCAAGGAACCCCCAAGGAUGGUACUGAUUGGUGCUGUUGGAUGCAUGACCACUGCUAUGCACAGCUGGAGAAAAAAGGCUGCAAUGCCUUGACACAGGUGUACAGAUACAGGAUUGCAUGCGGCCUGGUCACCUGUGAACGUGGGUCUCUCUGCCAGAUGCAGCUCUGUACCUGUGACCGGCAUUUCGUCUACUGCCUGAAAAGAAACGUGAGGAGUUACAACCCUUAUUAUCAAUACUUUCCCAACUUCCUCUGCACCUAGUUGCCUCAGUGAGCUCCUCCUGGACCAAGACUCUUACACCCUCUCCUACAGCACAGAGCUUAUCCACUCUGCUGGAAUCCCCAGAGAGGAUCCCAGGUCUGGGACCUCGU